CGCGAUGCUACUAUGCAGUAUACUGCGUGGAGCGCUAUCCGCGUCUUUCGGUACCGUCGUGCAGAUUGCAAUUUUCUUACUGCAAAAUUCCAAUAUCAUAAGAGUGCUCGCGUCCAUGCCACCAGGAGCCGAAGACGAGGUUAUCGUGAUCGAACAUCUGCCGGGGAGGCGGGUGCAUCUUCAGGAUUUCUUUUGGACUGGUCUGGAAGACGCGCCGCCAUGGGUGGAUCCCAGUCAGGGUUUAACAUAUUACGAGACAAGAACAAUCGUUCACACUGUCACAGUUUAUACCCCGACCGAUGAGAAAGACCCCAUAUCGUCUCAUCGUCCCGAUACUUACAAUCCAGAAUGCGUCACGUGCAUAGAACCUACACCUAGGUUGGACGAUGACGAUCAAAGCAUCGGAAUUCUUAUCGGAGAUGAUCCUGGACCAAAGUACUGGCUGUUAACAGUUCUUCGACCAGGUGAAGCUGUACCACCCAAAGUUGAGCUUCGAUUGGCUCGUUUGUAUCGAGCCGCGUUUUCCAGACAGCAGCAAUGGCAUCUUGGUGUGCUGAUGGAUCCACGAUCGCGAAGAGACGCAUUAUUACGUGAUUUUAUUAACCGAAAGAACAUACAAAAACAUUUUGAAACUUCAUCUCAAGUAAAAGUCCCGCAAGAAGAAAUUUCCGCAAAUACAACUGAAGCUCAAUUAUUCGAAUUAACAGUUGGUACCAGUGAAAGUUCUACGACUCACGCAAGAACUGAAACGAGCAUUGGAAACUUAGUUGACGAGAAAUACUUUUCGAAUGUUUCGCAAGUCAAGUCCAUGAGAAUGAUUGAAAUUCCUAGACCAAAAAAGAUGUUGUUGCCAGUAUUUGACAUUGACGCAACAAACGAUUACGAUAAAUCUACAAAAGACGAUUUCGCUUUGAAGAAGAUCAUAAAAACAUUGAAAGAGGAAACAAAAUCCUUUUCUACACAAAACAAUGAAUCUAUAACUGUCGAUCCAACACAUCUUGUCCCCGAUACAAUUGACGAUUCUAGCAAACAAUUCCCGCCACAAUCCAUGCCAAUUCCUUUAUCUGAUUCAAAACUAAAUGCUGAAAGCAUCUCCAAAAGCCGAUCUAAUGAUAAGGAAGAUGCGAGUACAAGCGUACGUUCGAGAUUGCGUUUAGCGGACGGUUCGAUUCCGGGAGUAGUAAAAGUCAGAAUGCAGAAUACGAGCAUUUUCGAAGGUGCGAUGAGAUUGAUCUAUUCAGUUCAUCUCGAUGAUAAGCCUGAAGUCGCUCUGGAACUCGGUGCACCGGUAAUUGUUCAAAGUGAACCUUAUCUGAAAGAGAGUAGACCUCUAGCUUUAUCGAGAAGGAGAGAUGCAUGGCUAUUAAUUGGUGCCGCUGGCGCGGGUAUCGUUUUGCUAAUUUUCGUUCUCGUUGGUUUGAUCUUGGCUGCCAAAAGAAAAAGAGCACACAGCGCUGUCGUUGCACCGCCGAAUAAAAGUAUUCUUAAAAAAGAACGCGAAUACGCAACCGCGACGUCCGGUCUCGAUAACACUGCAUUCUCAACAUCGGAAACAGAAAUCAAGACCGAUGGUACCAGUCAGCGGCAAACUCCGCGGACUUUAUCCCGAACUCCGAUUACUCCUGACACGCCCGAUAGUCUGGAAUUAGGCAUUCACGAAGUUUCCAGCGACGACGACGAAGAACCGAAGAAAACUCGUGGAUCGGUUCUUUGGAGUACUCAAAAACACGCAGCAAAGAAAACAAGAGCAUCUCAUGGGAAAAUGAUGAGAGCGAACGCAAUGGACCGAGCUGAGUCACCGGAUUCGUUAACCGAUCAUAUAGAGACACUGGAGUCUUUAGAGAACGGUUAUGCAAAACAUAAAGAAGAAUCUACUGCUUCGCCACGAUCAUAUUUAUCAAUGCCAUCGUGCAAGCAAUUUCCUAGUAUGCGUAGUGUAGAACCAUUGUCAAGAGUGUUGGAACCAGUCAUGAUUAGGCACUUAGACAUCGAUUCUCCAGAAUUAGUGCGUCACAAUAGAAGUGACAAUAUCGACGAUACGUUUCUCACAAGAACAUCGAGUGCCUCAAAGGAUCCUGGAGCUAUAGGACCGAUUGUUUGGAAUCUUAGGAAACAGAUAUUUUCUACAGAAGGUAAUGGUACGUCCGAAACGGAUGCCGAUGGAGUGUACCAUCUACCAUCCGGACCCGUAGGCCGCGCCAGGAAGAGACUCCACGAGUUGCUCGAGGAUUCCUUCAGCCUCUUCGGAAGCAGAGAUGUCAAGAUCAAAGAGCAGCGACCAUCGCAACCGAUCACAGUUGCACGUACAGCGGAUACACUCGCGAUACUUUCAGAAACCAGAGGCAAAUCCGCCCACGUCAGCCCAGUAACAACGCCAACGAUGGAAAUGAAGACGCGACCCCGUACAUCAUUGCCACGUAGAGGUCUGGAUGAGGAUAUUCUAGAAACUGGACAAAUCGAAUCAAUUAAUUCUCGCGGUGCCUGGGGCUCAAGACCACUCAGCGCGGGUCCAUUUCAUAGACCAAACUUACCAGAAGUGGACACCAGGCGUAUAUUAACAGAUAGCAGACUUUCACCAGAAGAUCCUGCAGUACCUUUAAUCGCAUCAAUCAAAAAAGAACUUGAAAAGUUCUCAUCCCAGUAAAGUCCAGUAGCAAGUACAAUAGGAUGUAUUUAGCUUAAAUGUCCGUGAAGUGAUAUAUUUAAGCGUAAGUCAAAAAACAAUGUAAAUAUUCAAUCAAUCUUUUUCACAAAAUUUUAUAACUUGACGUCAAAGUUUUCCAUUAUAUGAAUUAUAGCAAAACUGAACAUUUUACACGUAUUCAUAUUUACACGAAAGCAUAAACAUUAUAGAAAUG